AUGGGGAAUGCUAGGGUCUAUCAGUUCUAUGAUAUUCAAGAAGGAGAGAGUGGUCGCCCUGUUUACAAGAAGAGAAUCGUGGGUGUUGCCGUUGCCCUUUACAGGCGGACGUUCGAUGAUUGGAUAAAGGGCAAGUUAGCCCCUACUCCUACUGAUGAAUGUGGCAAAAUGUUUGUUUGA